UAUGGCGGCGGUGCGGCGGGAGCUGCUCUGGGCCCUGGCGGCGCUGGCAGCGCUAGCGGCGGCGCUGGCGCUGGACAAUGGGCUGGCACGGACGCCGCCGAUGGGCUGGCUGCACUGGGAGCGCUUCCUCUGUGCCACCGACUGCGCCACCGACCCGCGUCGCUGCGUCAGCGAGCAGCUCUUCGUGGAGAUGGCCGAUGUGAUGGUUACCGAGGGAUGGAGGGACGCAGGCUACGAGUUCGUCUGCAUCGACGACUGCUGGAUGGCCCCGACCCGGGACAAGCAAGGCAGGCUCCAGGCUGACCCAAAACGGUUCCCCAGCGGGAUCCGCAGGCUGGCUGACUACGUUCACUCCAAGGGGCUGAAACUGGGAAUCUAUGGUGAUGUUGGGAACAAGACAUGUGCUGGCUUCCCUGGCAGUUACAAUCACUAUGACCUGGAUGCCCAAACGUUUGCCUCCUGGGGUGUGGACCUGCUGAAGUUUGAUGGCUGCAGCUCGGGCACGCUGGAGCUCCUGGCAGAAGGGUACAGGCGCAUGUCUGUGGCCCUGAACAAGACUGGAAGGGGCAUUGUGUACUCCUGUGAGUGGCCUUUCUACUUGAGGCCUGUGCAGCAGCCCAAUUACACAGAGAUCAAGCAGUACUGCAAUCACUGGAGGAACUUUGUUGAUGUCUAUGAUUCUUGGAGCAGCAUCAAGAGUAUCUUGGACUGGACAGCACUUCAUCAGGACAGCAUUGUGAAGAUAGCUGGGCCAGGGGGUUGGAAUGAUCCUGACAUGCUGGUGAUUGGAAACUUUGGGCUGAGCUGGGACCAGGCAGUGACUCAGAUGGCAAUGUGGGCUAUCAUGGCAGCUCCCCUCUUCAUGUCCAAUGACCUGAGGCACAUCAGUCCCGAGGCCAAGUGGCUGCUCCAGAACAGAGAGGUCAUCGCCAUCAACCAAGAUGCGCUGGGCAAGCAGGGAUACCGAAUCACCAAGGACAAGAACUUUGAGCUGUGGGAACGGCCCUUGUCUGGCCAAGCCUAUGCCGUGGCAGUGCUGAACCAGCAGGAGAUUGGGGGACCCCAGAACUUCACCUUCUCUCUCUCCUUCCUGGGCAAUGGGCUGGCCUGCAACCCGGCCUGCUCAGUCCAGCAGGUCCUGCCAGCCUGCAGGGACUGGGGGGUUCACAGCUGGGUCUCCUCCCUAAGCGUGGAGGUGAACCCAACAGGGACUGUGCUGCUGAAAAUAAGGGCACUAUAGGAGACAAACGUCCUGUGAGCCUCAGACUGCCUAAGCUUAUCCUAAGGAGCCUGUCUCCUCCCUCCAAGCAGGGUGCCUUUGUUCUCUCCUGAGCAUUCACUAGCCAAGUGCUUCUGCAUGGACUUCAAACCUUCAGCUUAACAUGACACCCAUCAC